AUGGCCGCUCUCCUCUCCACCUCUGCCCGCGUUGCCCUGCGCUCGGGAGCUUCGGCUUCCUUCAAGACCGGAGCUGCGGGCUUGACAUUUGCCCGCGGCAAGGCUACUCUGCCUGACCUGUCCUACGACUAUGGUGCCCUUGAGCCCUCCAUCUCCGGCAAGAUCAUGGAGAUCCACCACAAGAACCACCACAACACCUAUGUCACCAACUACAACAACGCCAUUGAGCAGCUCCAGGAGGCCCAGGCCCAGGGUGACAUUUCCGCCCAGAUUGCUUUGAAGCCCGCGAUCAACUUCAACGGCGGUGGUCACCUGAACCACUCCCUCUUCUGGGAGAACCUGGCCCCCAAGAGCGCCGGUGGAGGUGAGCCCCCCCUCCGGCUCCCUCGGCCAGGCCAUCGACAGCACCUACGCGGUUGGGCCUGGCUCGUCAAGGACAAGCAGACCGGCCAGAUCGGUAUCCGCACCUAUGCCAACCAGGACCCCGUUGUUGGCCAGUACCAGCCCCUUCUUGGCGUUGACGCCUGGGAGCACGCCUACUACCUCCAAUACCAGAACCGCAAGGCCGAGUACUUCAAGGCCAUCUGGGAGGUCAUCAACUGGAAGGCUGUUGAGAAGCGCUUUUAA